AUGGACACCACCACAUUCCAUUCCUUUCCCCGACUACCUUUUGAGCUGCGCGAGCAAAUCUGGCAAGAUACCUGCUUACCGCUGAGACCAAGAGAGAGGCGAAGGAACAUUCACUACCUGUAUAUGGACGAAAGCAGAAACAUCUGGCCUCGGGACUACGAUUGGAAGACCGAUGACCCAAGAAGCAGAUGCGGCUACACAUGGCAUACCUAUAUAUGGCAUGUAGGGCUAUGGACAGCUUGUAGGGAGUCAUAUGAUGUUGUAAGAAAGUUCGAAAAUCAUUACUUGGGGUGUCCACGCCCACGACGUUGCAUGAGGGUAGUUUGCCCCCCAAAAAGCGAUCCUUUGCCUCAGGACCAAGUUAUAGAUCUUACUCAGGACAUAUGCGUCAUCACCACUGACUCAUGGGAGUCUCUUCUGAGACCUUGGAGACCGAUAUAUCUUCAAACCGAAGAUGCACGAGGUCGAAGGCGUUUGAUGAAACCUCUGAACAUCGGUGUCAAGUUUGACCCAUUGUGGUCCGAAGAAAUGCAGAAGGCCGUGGAAACAACCUACUUCGCCACUGUUCUGCGUGACCUCUAUCCCCCAAUGGCCUUUGCGAUCAGACUGCUUUUCCAAUUUGCAACCGAAGUCCGUUUUUCUUUUGGCCGAUCGAAGGUUAUGUUGAUCGACGAUGUAUCUGAAUGGAAAUCAUUCGACACUGAAGGGCAUGGUGGAUGUAGGAUCUUCGAUUCUGGCCAGGAGUACGUGGAGCUGGGAUAUGUUAUGGGCUUCAGUACGCAUAUUCCACAUCCAGACAGUCCCAUGGAUGAUUUUCUGGAGAAUCUCAGCUACUUGUUCAUGGGGAAAUUAAAUGAGGCUGCCGAUUGGCAUAGUAGGGCUCACGUUCUCGAUACUGACUAUUUAAUAGCAGUUCUGAGGCGGGACAAACAAGUUCCAAUGAUCCGUUAG